GAGUUCCGGGAGACGCGUUGGCAGUUUCCUAAACACCACCUCUCUCAUCUCAUCUCUCAGUCACUCCAGUAUCAUCCGAGGCCCUAGCAGGGUAGUGAGGAGUCUGUUGGAUGUAACACCGGCUGGAAGAAGACCUUCUGAACACACAAGAUAGCUGGACACCGAUUUGACAUGAGCAGGGUGCCCUGACAUGGACAAAGAGAUGAUUCCCAAAUUUACGUCAAAGGAUGAGGAAGUUGACUACUGGAAGUCCCAAGCCCUCAAAUAUAAGAAAAGUUGCUAUGAUGCCCAGGAGGAGCUGCAGGAGUUCCAGGAAGGGAGCCGGGAGCUUGAAGCCGAGCUGGAGGCGCAGCUCGGCCAGGCCGAACACCGCCUUCGAGACCUCCAAAUUGAAAACGAGAGACUGAAGAACGAGGUGUCCAACCUCAAGGACAAGCUGGAGCAUCAGUAUGCACAGAGUUAUAAACAGAUUUCUAUGCUAGAGGAUGACCUGGGCCAGACACGCAGCAUCAAGGAGCAGCUCCACAAAUACGUCCGAGAGCUUGAGCAGGCCAACGACGACCUGGAGAGAGCCAAAAGGGCAACAAUAGUGUCUCUUGAGGACUUUGAGGGCCGUUUAAACCAGGCCAUUGAGAGAAAUGCCUUCCUGGAAAGUGAACUGGAUGAGAAGGAGUCUCUUCUAGUAUCUGUGCAGCGGCUGAAAGACGAAGCACGAGACCUGAGACAAGAGCUGGCGGUACGGGAGCGGACUACAGACAGGAUGUCAGCACCCAGCUCACCCACCUUAGACAUCGACAAGAUAGAUUCUGCAGUGCAGGCCUCUUUAUCCCUCCCAGCCACACCCGUAGGAAAGAGCAUAGAGCACACCUUCAUCAGCCCAAAAGGAUUGACCAACGGCUGUGGCAACUCAUCCCUCACUCCUUCUGCGAGAAUCUCCGCUCUUAAUAUUGUUGGUGAUCUCCUGAGGAAAGUCGGGGCGUUGGAGUCCAAAAUCGCCGCCUGUAGGAACUUUACCAAAGACCAAGCAGCACGAAAAAAUUACUCGACAGACAACGGCAAACUCAUCAACAGCAACGCCACAAAGUUCUCUCACUCUCUACACACCACUUACUUUGACAAAACGACUGUAAACGGAUUGGACCCCAGCUCCUUGACCUCCAUCGCGACAUCCAGAGCCGUGUCUCCACCGGGCAUGCUUCCUCUGAGUGUGUGAGGCGUCCCUACACCACAUUAACCUCUACUGAAACUCCUAUCCACCCAACACAACGUGGGAACCGAGAGGACACUUGAAAGACCGUUACAUUGUGUGCUAGGUGUGUGUGUGUGUGUGUGUGUGUGUGUGUGUGUGUGUGUGUGUGUGUGUGUGUGUGUGUGUGUGUGUAUGUGUGUGUGUGAAAGGAAGAGUGAUGUGUGCCUGUUUGGGAUUGUGCACUUUUUGAACGUGAUGUGUGGAAUAGAGGUUCGACUAUACGAAGCCUCCAGUUUGCAGCUCCAAAUGCAUCUGUGAGUAGGUGCACAGUCCUGUGCAUAUGAUCCUACCGCAUACUUGCAUGUGCCUAAAAGCUGUACUGUACUGCGCUUGUAUGAAUGUCAUUGCAAAUGCGUCGCUCUCUAGAUGUCAACUCUGAAGUGGCACCGUUAUAUUCUCAGUUCCACUGUUCAUCUGAAAACUACUACCCCCCGACAAAAGGUCCUCAACAGACCACAGCUUCCUUCUUCUUUUCCUCCUGUAUUUUCACUUAAAUUGCACAUUUAAGCUAAUUUCAAUUUAGAAUGUAUUAUAUUUAAAAAAAGGGAUGUGUUCAUAUGAAUUAAUUUAUCUCACAGUAUGCUUUAAAAUGCAAUAUUUCCUCUUUGCUAUUUGCAUGUGUGCAUCUGUAAUGUGGGGCUGGAGAGGCGUAGUUGGACCCCAUGUUCACGACUGAAGUGAAUGUUGAUCGUUCAAAGCCAUGUAGCCAUAGUGCAGUCGUUCCUCUUGUUACUGGCUACUCGCUGUUAUUCAUUUGGGAGUAGUCUCCAUGUUAAAGGUUGGAAAUAUCAGCUGGUUCUGUCCUCUGGGUUAAACCUGCACUUAAAACAAACUGCUCCUUACAGGUGUUGCUGCAGUCGAGUGUUUUCCUCUGUGGACAUCCAUUGACCUUUCAAGGGAACAGUUUUGCCUUUUUCUUUUUUAUGUUUAUUGUAUUUUUUUUAUUCUUGUGAUGGCUCAUUUACCUCAUUCUGAUAUAAUGGCAAUUAUCCACAGUGGAUUCGUACUAUUAGUAGGUGUAUUUGGCUUUAAAUAACACACACAAAUGAUACGUAAACUGAUUCAAGGAGCCCCUUUUGAGACGGUCUGUUAACUUUGGCUGGUGUAUGAAUUCAUGGUCCGUUGUGGCCUUUGUCAUGCAGCACAUUUGCUGAUUUUUGUGUGAACUUCAUGUUAGUUUGACUUGGAUUUUUAGCAGGUUGGAUAUUGGCAAUGCAUUCAUUUUACAUGCCAAAGUUUUGUCUAAAUCCAUUUUGCCCACACAUUUCUCCUUUUUGUCACCAUCUUGAGGCAUAAUUUGAAAUCUUUAGUGUUCAUUUUGAUAAUAUGAGAUGUCAUUUUAGGCACUCUAUGAGCCCUGUUACUCAAAUGUGUUCUACAGUCAGUGUAUAUAGCUUGUAAGGAUGGUAUUUUUGCGUACCACAUUUGUACAUACUGACAUUUGGCAUUAAAGUCCUAUUUAUUUCAGAUUCUGUAUGGCAUGUUCAGAUAUUGAAUGGUUAAAGCCAUUGUAUUAUGAUAUCAAAUUGUCAAAAAUUGUUUAAGUAAAUAAAGAUUGAGAUGACAAAUA